AUGAAAAGACUGGUGAUAGUAGGUGAUGGGAAAUGUGGUAAAUCCAGUUUAAUCAGACGAUAUAUACAACAAGAGUUUUUACAAGACCAUUAUAUACCAACUUUAUUUGAUGUCUCGACAAAACAAGUUGAAACCGAAAAUGACCAGAUGAUGUUAGUGAUUCAUGAUACAGCAGGGCAAACAGAUCUGGACUCUCUUAGACCAUUUCUAUAUUACCGCAGUGACGUUAUUAUCGUCUGUUUCUCAGUAGACAAUCCAUGCAGUUUAGUCAAUAUAAAAGACAAAUGGAAAGAUGAAGUUAGUAAAUAUUGUACAGAUGUACCCAUUAUACUUGUGGGUACUAAGUCAGACUUAGCGGAGUCCGCCUCAUUGGACAGAUGUGAAAAAUGUAAAUUAGUUUCAAGGAUAGGUCAUACUAUGUCUACCAUUAUAGGUGCAGAUAAAUAUUUAGAGUGCUCAGCCCUAGAAAACAAAGGCAUUACUGAAGUUUUUGAAGAAGCCCUGAAUCUAGCUAUUGCCAGGGAUAUAAGACAAAGAAGACGAUCUUCAAUUUUCAGAAGGGGAUCAGUAUUACUUGGAUUUGCCAAUGACUGA